AUGGCUUCACAAGUCGAAGAACUUAAAAGUAAAGCAAAUGCUGCUUUUUCAGCUGGAAAAAAUGAUGAAGCAAUUAAUUUAUACACUCAAGCUAUAGCACUUGAUGAAAAAAAUCAUGUUCUCUAUAGUAAUCGAUCAGCUGCAUAUGCCAAAGGAACAAAAUAUGAAGAAGCAUUAAAAGAUGCAGAAAAAUGUAUUUCACUUAAACCUGAUUUUGUCAAGGGUUAUUCUCGGAAAGGUGCAGCAUUAUCAUUUCUUAAACGAUAUGAUGAAGCAAUUAAUGUUUAUGAAGAAGGUCUUAAAAUUGAUCCAAAUAAUCAACAAUUAACAACUGAUCUUGAAACAGCACGAAAAGAUUCAUCAGGACCAGCAGGUGGUGGACUAAAUUUCUUUUCUGAUCCACAAUUUUUAACUCAACUUAUGACAAAUCCAAAAGCACGAGAACUUUUAAAAGACCCUGAAACAGCUAUGUUGAUGAAAAUGAUGCAACAAAAUCCAAAUAAUGCACAACUUUUGAGUAAUCCAAAAAUAAUGAAACUUCUUGGAUGUGUACUUGGCUUUGAACUUGGAGAUGCAAAUGAUCUUUUGUCACAAAUGGAUACAGAUAAUAAAACAAGUUCACCAAAAAAAGACACAAAUACUUCAACAACAUCAAAACCCACAACGACAACAACAACAACGAAUACAAACACUACAAAUAAUAAAACAACAGAACAGAAUAAAAAUUUAACUGCUGAACAAAAUCAAGCCGAAGCAGAAAAAGAAAAAGGCAAUGAAGCAUAUAAGAAAAAAGAUUUCGAAACAGCAUUAAAUCAUUAUAAUAAAGCAAACGAACUCGAUCCAGUUAAUAUGACUUAUUAUACCAAUCGUGCUGCUGUUUAUUUCGAACAAAAACGAUGGGAAGAUUGUUUGAAAGAAUGUGAAAAAGCUAUUGAAGUUGGACGUGAAAAUAAAGCAGAUUAUAAAAUAAUUGCAAAAGCAUACGCUCGUAUGGCUAAUGUUAAAAGUCAAGAAAAAGAUUAUGCAGCUGCUAUAAAAUAUUACAAUAGUUCUCUCUCAGAACAUCGUAAUCCUGAUAUAUUAAAGAAAAAACAAGAAGUCGAAAAAAUACUUAAAGAACAAGAACUAUUAGCUUAUGUCAAUCCUGCAUUAGCUGAAGAAGAAAAAACAAAGGGUAAUGAAUAUUUUCAAAAAGCUGAUUAUCCAAAUGCACUUAAACAUUAUACCGAAGCUAUCAAACGAAAUCCAACAGAUGCAAAACUUUAUUCAAAUCGAGCAGCUUGUUAUACAAAAUUAAUGGAAUUUAAAUUAGCAUUGAAAGAUAGUGAAGAAGGCAUUAAACUUGAUCCAAAUUUUCUUAAAUGUUACCUUCGCAAAGGUCAUGCUUUAAUGGCUAUGAAAGAUUUAGGUCAAGCUAUGGCUGCGUUUGGUAAAGCUCUUGAAAUUGAUUCAAAUUGUCAAGAAGCUAUUGAUGGUUAUCGACAAUGUACAAUGAAAUCAAGUGAUGAUCCUGAAGAAGUUCGUAAACGAGCUGCUAAUGAUCCUGAAAUUCAACAAAUUCUUAGCGAUCCUGGUAUGCGUUUAAUACUUGAACAGAUGCAAAAUGAACCACAAGCUUUACGUGAUCAUUUAAAAAAUCCUGCAAUUGCACAAAAAAUUCAAAAAUUAAUUGACGCUGGUAUUAUUGGUAUUCGUCAAGGUUAA